AUGAUCAAUGCUCCAAAGCAAAUUCUUGCUGACAGAAUCCUUUUUCUCAUAGAUAACUACAAAAUGUUUCGUUGUGAAGGCGUUUUCUUUCAUUCAUCAAUCCCAUCUUCUUCAAUCAUUGUUCCUGAAAACAUUGGAACGAAAUUACAAUACUUUUAUGUUGUAGAACCACUUCCUAUUGUCACUCUUAGUGAUUAUGUUCUCGAAAAUGGUGUAGAUCAAAAAUUAUUGCAAAAUUAUUUUCCUAACGUCUUAAAUACAUUAUCUUCUCUCCACUCAGUUCGAUUUCCAUACUUGGCACUCUCACCAUUUACAAUAGUUUUAGAUGAAAAACUUUGGCUUCGGCCGCCACCUUUGAAUCCAUACACUUCGCCUAAAUCAUUAAUGCCUCCUCCACCACAUAAAAAGCGUACAAACUACAUGGACAUCGAUUAUCAGCGUUUAUACAGAGCACCAGAGUGGAAAUCUGUUCCUCCAUUUUGGCAAUCAGAUUGUUGGGCGAUUGGCGCGAUGUUAUGUGAAUAUUUAAUAUAUGGACAUCCUAUAUUCAUGUCUUCUUCAGAUACAGAUCAAAUGCUUAUUACUCAAACAAUAUUAGGUCCAGCACCUUCGAAAUUAAACUGGCCAAUCACAAAAGAAGCCAAUAUAGCAGAUCUACCGCCAAUAUUAAUGAGAUUACUUGACUACGAACCACGCGUUAGACCUCCAAUGUGUCUCCAUAUCGCUAUCCAAAUAAUGAUGUUGAUAAAUGGCGAAGAAGAGAAAAGCGAUGAAUAUGAUGAGCGCUCGAUACAAACAUAUUCUAAUACUUAUUCAUAUUCCGAGACGCCUGAGAAAGAGAAACAACCUGUAAGGAUUAUCAAACAGUUCAAUAAUCCUCCACAAGUUUUUAAAGAAGAGAAAGUUCCUUUGAGUGAUAAAGGAGUCGGAUCUUCAACAAUCAAACAGAAUAAUGUAGACUUAAACGAAUCUUCAAACUGGGAAUUAGAUAUUCCUGCAAUUUCCCCUGCAAAAUUACAGUUUGAUCAUGCUCCUUUCUUCGAAAUUCCUCCGUUAAAUGCAAAAACUGAUGAAAUUCCACCUCCUUCGACUAAAUCUUCGAAAUCAAGUCAACAACCAAAACAGAAAUCAUCAUCUUCACAAAGCAAGCCAAGUUCCAUCCAAGAGAAAGAGAAACCUAAGACUCCACAAGAAAAAUCACCAAAAGUUGAAGAAAAACCAAAAAUUCCAGAAGAAAAACCACCAAAAGUUGUGGAAAAGCCAAAGUCUCCUGAAGAAAAACCUGUUAAUGAUAAUAAGGAUGAGAUUCCAUUACCUCAGCCUUUAAGUAGUACCAAAGCUGUUGAAGAAUAUAGUCAUGAAGAAGAAAAAGAAAGUGAAGAAGAAGAAAAACCAUUAAAUAUCACAAAAACAACGAAUAUUUCAACAAUGAAACUUCCUUAUGAAUCGCCAAUAUCAUCAGGAAUACCUUAUAGUUAUGUUUAUGAUUCAAGUUAUACUCCUCCUGUCAAAGCAAAGUCUUCUGGAUAUGAUUCUCCACCUCAGAAAGUUGAAGAGAAUUCUUAUGUUUAUUCAACACCAAAAAUCAUUGAAGAAAAAAUAUCUUCAAACGAGAAGAAAUAUUCAUCAUCAUAUUAUUCAAAGAAUGAAGAAGAGAAGCCUAAAACAACUUCAUCGUAUUAUUCUAAAAAUGAUGAACCUCAGCCACCAAAAUCUUAUUCAUCAUAUCCAUCAAAAUCUGAUGAAGAAAAACCAAAAACUUCAUCUUCUUAUUCUUAUAAAAAUGAUGAACAAAAACAAAAGCCAUCUCCUAGAGAUGAAGAGCAAAACAUCAAGCCAAAACAGAUUCAUUAUACAACAUCUUCGCAGUAUUAUGAUUACACAUCAUAUAAAUACAACUCAGAGAAGAAAUCUGAUGAAGAUAAAAAAGAAAUUAAAGUUUCAGAAAUUCCUAAGACAAAAAGUGAAAAUGCUGAACCGAAAACAUUCUCUUCUUAUACAUAUACGCCAUCGUACAUGAGUGAGAAAGACUUGAUUGAGCCAAUUGUUGGUUCUUAUUCUUCUUAUUACUCUGAUAACGCAAGGGUUCAAAAGAGAAAUCAAAGAAUUGAAAGGAAGAAUGAUAAUUAUUCAUAUUCUGCUAAUUAUGAGAAUAAGAAGUCAUAUUCUUAUAGUAACUACGAUAACCAACAAGCUAAGCAAGAUCGUUAUUCAUCUUAUUAUGAUAAUAAGAAAUAUUCAACUGAUGAAAAUCAAAAAUCUUCAUAUGAUGAAAAGAGAUAUUAUUCUGAUAAAUCAUAUAGCGAUGAAAUGCUUGAUUUGGAGAGAAGAGUAAGAGAAAUAGAGAACUCUUUCAACAGAUCUCAGAAAGAAAUCAGGAAACUCCAGAAAACAGUUUCGGAAUCACAAUAUAGUGAUGAUUCUUUCUUAGAUGUCCAACAGCAAAUAAGGAAAUUACAAGGACAAUUAAAGCAAAUAGAUGAUGAUAUUAUUGGUGGCUGUGUUGGCUGUGAAACAGGAAAUGCAGUUAGAAGAGGAAUGUCAAAGCUUGAAGCUGAUUUCAUGGAUAUUAGAAGUACUUUAUCUAGUUCCCAAUACUAA